GUGACGCCUUCUCUUUGGUUUGUUCGUGUGUUUUUUUUUAAUUCUUGACGAAGUAGCCACUCUCCCAGCCAUGGCAUCCACGUCGGUGAACGGUGGGACAAAGCGAGGUUCAAGAAAGCGCCCAUCGCAGGGUGAAGUUGAUGCUCCCCCUGCCAAGGCAGCUCGACCUGCGCCGACUGGAAAGCCUUCGCUGGCUGAAAUAUUCGAAACUCUGGAAUAUGGGCCAGCCCCAGAAUCGGCUGCUGUUGCCAACGAGUGGCUGGAGGAACGUGGCCGUGCCCUUGGACAUUUCAUAGAUGGGAAAUGGUACAAGCCAGAUGGUAGAAACACGUAUGAUUCCACGAACCCGGCCACUGGGGAGAAGCUAGCUACCACGUUGCAGGGCACUGCUGAGGAUGUGGAUGUAGCUGUGGCAGCAGCACGUAAAGCCUACAAAUCCUGGAGCACUGCACCAGGACACGUACGUGCGCGUCAUCUCUAUGCCAUCGCUCGCAAUGUCCAGAAGCACAUGCGUCUCCUGGCCGUCCUCGAAUCCAUGGACAAUGGUAAGACCAUCCGUGAGACACGUGACUGCGAUGUGCCACUUGUCGCUCGUCAUUUCUAUCACCACGCUGGAUGGGCACAGCUGCUCAAGACGGAGUUCCCCACCUGGAAGUCAGUCGGAGUUGUCGGUGCUAUCGUUCCCUGGAAUUUCCCGCUCAUGCUCCUCACGUGGAAGGUGUGCCCUGCCUUGGCUGCUGGCAAUACGGUUGUGUUGAAACCUGCUUCAUACACUCGCCUUACAGCCUUGCUGCUCGCGGAGAUCUGCUCUGAGGCGGGUCUUCCCCCGGGCGUGUUCAACGUUGUGACGGGAAACGGUGCCUUUGGCAGCAAGUUGGCUGAGCAUACCGACGUUGACAAGGUGGCAUUCACUGGCUCGACUGGAGUCGGUCAACUGCUACGCCGUUCCACGGCUGGCACAGGCAAGAGGCUUUCCCUGGAGCUUGGCGGCAAGUCGCCGUUCGUUGUGUUUGACUCAGCCGACUUGGAUGCUGCUGUGGAAGGAGCAGUUGAUGCCAUUUGGUUCAACCAGGGCCAGGUUUGCUCCGCCGGCUCACGAAUGAUCGUGCAGGAGAAUAUCUAUGACACGAUGGUGGCGAAGCUGAAGGAGCGCAUGGCUCGCCUGCGCCUCGGCAGCUCCAUGGACAAGUGCAUGGACAUGGGCGCCAUUGUGGACGAGUCUCAGCGACGCUCCAUCGACGAGUUUGUGCAGCGCGCCAAGAAAGAGGGUGCCGAUGUGCAUCAAGCCUGUGCCUGCAUGCCAGAGAAAGGCUGCUACUAUCCGCCAACUCUUGUCACCAACGUCUCCACCGUGUCUUACAUUGUCCAGGAAGAGGUCUUCGGCCCUGUUCUCACAGUGCUGACGUUCCGUACUCCCAAGGAGGCCAUUGCCCUGGCCAACAACACCAAGUUUGGCCUGGCCGCCAGCGUAUGGUCGGAGAAGAUCAACGUUGCUCUGGAGACGGCUAUCUCGAUCAAGGCCGGCGCAGUGUGGGUCAACGGUCACAACAUGUUUGACGCCGCAGCCGGCUUCGGCGGCUAUCGUGAGAGUGGAUAUGGCCGUGACGGUGGAAAGGAGGGUAUGUAUGAGUACCUACGACCGAGCUGGGAGGAGCGCGCCCGGCCGGUCGUCGACGAGAAGAAACUGGCCACGUUUGCAACCACUGUGCCCGGCCGGCCUCUCAACCCCAACGAUGGCCAUGGAGCUCUUAUCCAUCCCAUCGGAGAGCAGUCCGGACACAUCGUGCCCAGCAUUGACCGCACUGUCAAGUUGUACAUUGGCGGAGCACAGAAGCGGCCUGAUGCCACCUAUUCUCGGGCUGUCCUGGGUGCCGAUGGCCAAGUCAUUAGCAACGUCGGCGAGGGUAAUCGCAAGGACAUCAGAGAGGCCGUUGAGGCUGCUUACAAGGCAGCGCCUGGCUGGGGCAAACGUGCAGCACACAACCGUGCACAGAUAACCUACUACAUGGCCGAGAACCUGGAGCUGCGUCGCCAGGAGUUUGCCGGGCGCAUCUCGGCCAUGACCGGGCGUGACAUGCAGAGUGCGCUGAAGGAGGUGGACCAGUCCAUCGAGCGCCUCUACCACUGGGGUGCCUAUGCUGACAAAUUUGGAGGCAGUGUUCAGGAGACAACACUCUAUGGUGCUACAGUCAAGAUCCACGAGCCAGCUGGUGUGAUCGGCAUUGCAUGUCCAGACGAGUACCCUCUGUUGGCGUUUGUCUCGCUCUUCGCCCCUGCCGUGGUGCGUGGCAACACGAUUAUCAUUGUGCCCAGCGAGAAGCACCCACUGUCGGCGUGUGAUCUCUAUCAGGUAUUUGACACAUCCGACUUGCCUGGCGGUGUCGUGAAUAUUGUGACCGGAGACCGUGAUCAUCUCAGCAAGUACCUGGUUGAGCAUCAGAACAUCGAGGCCAUGUGGUACUUUGGCUCAGCCGAAGGUAGCCGCUUUGUGGAGGCCACGUCGGCAGUCAACGUGAAGCGCACCUGGGUCAACUACGGUGUGAGUCGCGACUGGAGCGAUGACGAGCAAGGCCACGGCGAAGAAUUCCUCAUCCAGUCCGUUGAAUGCAAGAACAUCUGGCUGCCGAUGGGCGAAAUCUUCGCCAACUAAGAGAAUGUAGUCAGCACGGCGGAUUUUAACCUAGGCUUCCGCUUCUGGACACACCUGUAGCAGUGCCCCGAUAUUGGUGGCAGCUAACUGGUGUGCCCACUCUUCACCAAUACAAGUCAGCUCAGCAUGGGCAUGCCAUUGCUCUGUCCUGCUCUCAGUGUGGUCAUGCCAUUGCUCUGUCCUGCUGCUUUUCAAAGAAGAACUCAACCAAGUUCGUACAGUUGACCGUUUUUAGUUUCUUGUCGUGUCGUAGCUCUCCAGAUCAUUUCUUUGAUUGGUUUGCUGAGCUUCUCCACCAUGUAAACCACCAGGUGGGAGUUUGUUUUAGACUUUAGCUGCAUGCAGGCAUGCAACGAAUUACAGAGGAUUUCCUUGUCAUUUCAUUUCUAGUAACUUCCGAACAUGUACUUUUAGCAGUACAUUUCGGUACUUUUUAUUGCGAUAACUUUUAUUAAUUUUUAACCAGUCAUCCCUGGCGCCAUGGCCUGCAGUUACAUAUUAUAACACUACUUUGUUUAAUGUCCAAGAAUCUUCCGAUGGUUUUGGUAACUCUUUCACUAAUUCCUACCCAUGAGAAAGUGGGUAAUCCUUG